GCAACGCUAGAUGGCGUCAUCGUAAUGGGUGUCGUCCGAGUCAAAUUACUAAAUUCAAAGACGUUGUACAUGCGUCCGUUUUUCCUUGCAGUUUGACUAUUGCUUUUAAAAGUAAUAAAAAAUGUGGUCUUUCAAGAUCUCGUACAUAAUUUUCGUUAUUUUGUUAAAUCCGAUUAGUCACGCCCUGGAAUGUUAUGUCUGCACAAAUCAGGAUGAUAAUGAAGACAAAUGCUUAAAAAGCAUAAAAAUAUGUGAACAGGGAGAGGAUGUAUGUUUAACAGAAAUCAAGUGGGGCAGUACACCGUAUUGGUCGCAAGGAGCAAAGAAACAAUUUUAUAUUUCCAAAAGAUGUUCUACCAAAGUAGAGUGCGAAAGAAUACGACGCAAUAACAUGCCAUUGUGUACUCAUAUUUGGUAUCAAGAUUGGAAAUGUUCGGAAUGUUGUCACGGAGACAAAUGCAAUUAUUAUAUUAUUUUACACGAUAUGAAAUCAUGGAAUAUCCGUAGUCUGUAUAAAGCCUUCGGUCGAAAGAAACGGAUAAAUAUUAGCGCAAAUACGGAAUUGGAAAGAUGUCUGUCAACGUUGGACCUCACAGCUCUGGGUAUUGGAUCCACUCUUGGUGUUGGAGUUUACAUUAUGGCAGGAUCAGUCUCAAAGGAUGUCGCAGGACCUGCCGUUGUAAUCUCCUUCCUAAUUGCCGCUGUGGCAUCGAUAUUUGCCGGUCUUUGCUAUGCUGAAUUCGGUGCGAGAGUGCCGCGAGCUGGUUCCGCUUAUGUUUACAGUUACGUGACAAUGGGCGAAUUCAUUGCCUUUUUAAUAGGUUGGACUCUAAUCUUAGAAUAUGUGAUCGGUUCGGCUAGCGUGGUACGUGGCCUUAGCACCUACGUCGAUGCUCUUUUCAACAAUAGCAUGAGAAAUGCUUUUGAAUCAGCCGCUCACAUCGAAGUUGAACAUUUCUCCUCUUAUCCUGAUUUCUUCGCCUUCGGUAUCACCCUUAUGUUUUCCGCCGCCUUAGCGUUUGGCGCCAAAGAGUCGUCCACUGCGAAUAACUUUUUCACCUUGGUGAAUCUCUCCGUUGUCCUCUUCGUGAUAAUUGCUGGUUCCUUGAAAGCUGACGUAAACAAUUGGAAGACUCGACCUUCUUGUACCGAAACAAAUUGUAAACACGGAACAGGAGGAUUCGCGCCGUAUGGAAUAUCGGGUAUAAUAACCGGUGCAGCAACUUGCUUUUAUGGCUUUAUCGGUUUCGACUGCGUGGCCACUACGGGUGAAGAGGCUAAAGAUCCGCAAAGAUCUAUACCUAUAGCCAUUGUUGCUUCUUUAACCGUUGUCUUCCUCGCGUAUUUCGGCGUCUCAGCCGUACUCACUAUGGCGUUACCGUACUACGAACAAAAUCCCGAUGCACCCUUUCCACAUCUCUUCGAGGUGAUCGGUUGGGAUUGGGCAAAAUGGGUAGUGAGCAUCGGGGCGAUUUGCGGACUAUGUGCUAGUUUGUUAGGAGCAAUGUUUCCAUUACCAAGAAUAAUUUAUGCGAUGGCAUCCGAUGGACUGAUAUUUAAAUGGAUGGGAAAGGUAAGUUCAAGAUUUCAUACACCCAUCAUGGGCACUUUCUCCGCAGGAAUUCUUACAGGAGUUUUAGCAGCGAUAUUCGAGCUUACUCAAUUGUUAAAUAUGAUGAGUAUAGGGACGCUGCUUGCCUAUUCAAUAGUCGCUGCCUGCGUUCUUAUAUUACGUUACGAAGAGAGUGAAGCAUAUGAGAAAAAAGGCGAUCGUGAUCCAAGGACCGUGACGUUCGUCAUCAAGCAACUCAUUAAUGUCAAUAGAUUGGACCACUCUACGAAAUUAACUGGACAACUGGUCACUUGCCUCGUUUUCUGUUACUUCGUGCUUUGCAUCUUUAUUACGGCGAUGAUUUCAAAAUUUUCCAAAGAAAUCGUUAGCGGCAAAGCUCUUUAUGUCGUGUCAAUAAUCAUAUUGGUCACUGCAUUAAUCUCUACUCUGAUCUUUAUUUAUCUUCAACCUUCAUCGGACAAGAAACUUGCGUUUUCGGUACCUCUUGUUCCUUUUUUACCAGCAAUCAGUAUACUUAUUAACAUUUACCUUAUGAUGAUGUUGGAUAUGAUGACUUGGAUACGUUUCUUAAUAUGGAUGAUUAUUGGUCUUUCGAUAUACUUUUUCUACGGUGUGUGGAACAGUAACAGUAGAGAUAAAAAGUUCAAAGUAGCGGAUGAUCAGUAAUGAGGUAGAAUGGAAAAAUAAUAAUUUUACUAGAGUUACAUGAUUCUAUCAGUGAAUACGUCACCUACGUUUUAAUUGAUUAUUAGGUGCUCAUGAAAAUUUGUCCGACUUUUUAAAUGUAUUUAUUUAAUUAACAAUACAAAAGCCAUACAUGUAUUUCUUUUAAUCAAAA